CACCGAUCAUUCUUCAUUCACAAAGUUGCGACGACAAGCCCACAUCCACAACACCAUGUCGGUACCGACCAAUGUCUGCUGCUUUCUCGAGUGCACCAAGCCCGCACUGCCCAACGCCACCAAGUGCGCAUCCCAUAAGAACAAGAUCAAGUGCUCGAUCGAGGGCUGCAUGAACCAAGUGUACGCCCGAUACCUCUGCGUCCGCCACGGCGGCAAGAAGCAGUGCCAGAUCCCCGGCUGCCACGAGUUUGCACGCGGCGGCCCGCACUGUGUGAUCCAUGGCGGUGUCAUUGUCAAGCGCUUCUGCACCGAGCCCGGCUGCAGCCGCCAAGCCCACGCGCGCUACAAGUGCGUCCGGCACGGUGGCGGCCGCACCUGCCGAGAGAAAGGCUGCGACCUUCACGCGCGCUCGAGCGGUUUUUGCCACCGGCACACGCAGCGCAAGACGCGCGACGUGAUCAAGCAAGAGCCCCAAGCCGACACCAAUGGCGGCUUCGCGAGCUUCCUGGACACGACGCUGUUGGAGACCAUUGCGUGGAGCCAGACAUUCGUCGUAUCGACGACGGACGAGACGCUGGACCACUCGAUCUUGAGCCUCCUCUGCGACUCGCUGGCGAGCCCGAAGGCGCAAGCGUGCUUGUCGGUCCCGAGUCCCGUCAAAGUAUCGUCAACACUCUUGUUUGAGCAAGCCAUUUAGACGAUAGCAAUAGUUUAGUUAGUUGAAUUAGUUUAGUUUAUUGGAAGCAAUCCUAUACACGUGUAUCUUCCA